AUCUUCAGUUCGAUUGAUUAAUUGUUUAGAUUAAAUGAAUUCCAUUUAAUUGUAUUUUCUUUUUUUUGUGUUAAAUAAUUAUAAUUAUCUCUUUCAAUAGAAUUGUAAAUCUUGAAUGUGGUCUUACAAUCGUUAAAUUGUCACAAUUCGCAAUUUACUUGGUUAAGGUACGAAAAACUGUUUCCUGGUUGUUAUGUGUUCAAGAUUAACAAGACGAUUACCGGUAAACCAAUUGAUCGAUUCAUGGAUUAACCUAAAGAAACAGAAUGAUUGGAAUUAUAAUCUCAAUGAAACAGUAUUGUCUUAAACCAAUUGGUCUAAAUAAUUGUUCACUAAUUAUCAAUUGUAAACCAAUUUCAUCCUAUUUUUACUACUGUUACUUUUACAACAAUCUAAAAUUACUACCGCCAACACCAUCAGGAUAAAGCAACAUUCAAUUCAAACAAAUCUACCAAUUGUUUUGCUGUUUUUUCAAUAUCAUCAUCAUCAUCAGUAACAUCUUAUCAUCAACUAAUUAUGUUUCUCCUCUUUUUAUGAGUCUCAUCCCAUUCAUUCCUCCCUCUUUCUCACUCACUCUCUCUCUCUCUUUCUGAUGAUGUGGCAAAUCUUAAAUCACUAUUUAUGUUAACCAUUGGCCUCUUUUUGAGUCAGUUUCAUUUGAGAUCAUCAACUAGUCAAGUUAAGCUCAGAGCGAGAAUUUAUCGUUUUUAAUUAUCUCUCAAUCUAAAUCUCUCUCUCUCUCUCUCAUUCUCCUUCUCAAAUUCCCCUCUCUCUCUCUCAUACUCACACUUUCUCAUUCUUCGUCAUUUCUACCUGUACUUUCUCUCUCACUUGCUUAUCCAUCUCCCGCUUCUUUUCUCUUCAUCCGCCCAAUUCACUUAUCAUCUUCUUCUUUCCUGAUCAUUUCAUUUCUUCACUCAUUCCAUCGUAAUCGACAUCAACACCAACAUCGUAGUAACCCUAUCGCUCUCUCUCUCUCUCUCCCUCAUUCUCCUUUUCUAAUUUACUUUUCUCUUCCAAAUUAUUUCUUCUUUUUGAAGAAUCAAACCAAAAAGUAAACACCAACUUGAAAGUGAUCACAAUUGUUAACUAAAUUAAUUUCUAUUCACGAUAAGUAUUGUAACUCAGGCGAUGACAAUAUGAUGGAUACUAAUGUCAAGGAACAAUUAACUUCACUUUUGGAGAAACAUUCACAAUCUCAUUUACUUCAAUUCUGGGACCUGUUAACCGAUGAACAGAAGAUUCAACUUCAUGAUGAUAUUAAAUCGAUUGAUUUUGAUGAGAUUAUCCCAACAUUCCGUGAAUCAACAACUGAUAAAUCAUCAGCUAAUCGACAGAUUGAAGAUGAUCUCCUUGAGCCCCCAGGCGAUUCAAUACAUUCAGGAGUAACUAAAUGUACACCAGAGGAAUUAAAUCAACUUCGUGAAAGAGGUCUCAAAGAGAUUUCCGAUGGAAAUGUUGCCGUUCUGUUGAUGGCUGGAGGCCAAGGAACUCGACUUGGUGUUGAGUAUCCGAAAGGAAUGUACAAUGUUGGCCUUCCUUCGGGUAAAAGUCUUUACCAAUUGCAAGGUGAAAGAAUUCGUCGACUCGAGGAAUUGGCAUUUCUUAAAUUUGGUAAGAAAUCAUCGAUCCCUUGGUACAUAAUGACCAGUGAACAUACGAAAAUUGCAACGGAAGAAUUUUUCUCAUCUCAUGAUUACUUUGGCCUUUCCCGAGAUUCUGUGAUUAUCUUCGAACAAGGAACUUUACCUUGUUUUACCUUCGAGGGUAAAAUUAUUCUCGACAAACCUUACAAAAUAGCUCGAUCACCCGAUGGUAAUGGUGGACUUUACCGUUCGCUCGAUGAGACUGGUGUACUUGUCGAUAUGGAUAAACGAGGAAUCAAAUAUGUCCACGUUUAUGGAGUUGACAAUAUUCUGGUUAAAAUGGCUGAUCCAACAUUCAUUGGUUAUUGUGUCACCAAAAAAGCAGCCGCCGGUGCUAAAGUGGUCGAAAAAUCCUCUCCAACCGAAGCCGUUGGAAUCAUUUGUAAAGUUCAAGGCAAAUUCAAGGUUGUCGAGUACAGUGAAGUGUCCACAACGAUCGCAGAGAAACGCAAUGAGGAUGGACUAUUAACUUUCCGCUGCGGGAGUAUUUGUAAUCACUUUUUCACAGUUGAAUUUCUUAAAGAUGUUUCUAGGAAAAAGCUCACUCAUCAUGUUGCUCGAAAAAAGAUUCCGUUCGUUGAUUCUAAAGGAGAAACAAUUAAACCCGAUAAUCCAAAUGGUAUUAAGUUGGAGAAAUUUGUCUUCGACGUAUUUGAGUUUACACAAGAUUUGGCGAUUUGGGAAGUGAUUAGAGGUGAAGAGUUCGCACCAUUAAAGAACAGCGAAUCGGCCUCGACCGAUAAUCCAAAAACGGCUCGGGAAUCAAUUUACUAUUUACAUGGACGAUACUGUCAACAAGCCGGUGGUAUUUUAGUCCACGACCAAGCUACAGAUGAUAAGCCGUUCGUUUGUGAGAUUUCACCGCUUGUCAGUUACGAAGGAGAAAAUCUCGAAUCUUAUGUCAAAGGCAUAACAUUUGUAUCUCCAUUGAUGAUUGAACGGAAACGUGAGGUCGAUAUUGAAUCACCGAAAUCAAGCCUGAUAAUUGCUGAGGUAGAGAAUCACUUGAAACAAAUCUAUUAACAUUGAUGAUUAGUUGUGAUGUUCAAUUGAUCAUUUUAAAUCAAAUAAGUUGUUACUUUUGUAUCAUUUAAUCAAAUUUAGUGAUUGUGUUUGGUAAAAAAUUAUUUACUAAUUUAAAUUUUAAAACAUAUAAUAAAUAUUAACUAUUUUAUUAAA